GUUGCAGGCGGUGGUGGCGUGUCGUCUGCUGCAGUAUCGACUACUCUUCCAUGACAUUGGAUCUUCAUAUCUUUACAGAGGAACCGAUUGGGAGCUCAGUUGACCAUCUCACAGUCCAACAUGGCGCAGGAGUAUCAAUACUUCUACGAGGAUGAAGUGUACAGAUUUAAUAAAAAGGGAAAUCUGGAGCUUGGAAUGGUCUUGGAAAAUGCAGAAUUCGUGUCUAGUGAUGAAGAAUCUGAUGGUGAUGAGGAGGACAAGGUGACGAAAGGCAGCAUCAGGGUGGCCUGGUAUCCUAAGGGGGAGGAACAGGUGCUGCCGGAGAGAAAGGUAGGGUUGGCCGACCGUUCGCUGAUGCCAGGUGAUGUCGUGCGGCGACUCAUACGAGGCAAAGACACACAGAGAGGGUAUUGCCGACAAGUUCAUGUCACCUCCAGUGUACAGGUGGUGGGAACAAACCUGGUGAUCCUCAAUGUUGACAGCAAUGAUCUCACACCCCUGGAGGAAUUCACAACGGAUAUUGCUGUGGCGCUGGACUCCUGGGUGGGGAUGGUGCACAUGGUGAAGUGCCGUCUGCUGAUGGUGUGUGGUGAUGGCUCCCGCUGUAUCAUGUCAGAUGGAGAGGCCCUGGAGUUGGACGACCUGAGGGACACACGAGACAGGGUUAGACUGGAUUCAGAAUUUCGCCGCUAUGACUUCUACCCAGGACAGCAGUUAGUUGGUUGUGCUGCAAACUUUGAGCAUGCUGAGUGGAUGCACUGUACCAAGGAAAUGGAGACUGCACUUGCCAAGCCACGCAAGACCAUCAAAGUAACUGUGGAGCAGGUGCAGGUGGUGCAGCUUGGGGUUCGGUGGCAGUGUCGUGCAUUCUCCAAUGAGCCAAAUAUUGACAAAGAACAACCGAAGUACCUUGUUCAGGGAGAAGAUCUCAAGAGAGUAAAGAUGCUGAAUGUAUUUGAGCCAUGCACACUUCAGCUGGGUGACCGCAACUACUAUUCAUCCAAAGAAGGUGAUGUGAUCAUGACUCGGGAUCAGUGGCGGCGGCUCAUGGCAGCUCAGCUCUCAGCAGACCACACCAACCCCUGUCCCCUCAGGCCCCGCCCACCAAAAAAUAAAUCAAAAAGAAAAGUUCGAUCUGUAUUAGCUGGUGCUGUUGAGGUGAAUCCAGAUCCUCCUGCUGUUCCAUCCCAACCAAGUGAAAAUACAGAGGGAGAUGUGACAGCCAUAAAGGAUGUUGAGGGUGCUGAUGGAGGUAUCCCUAUGGAGAAUAACAAGGAGGAUGGUACUAACGACAGUGAUGGUUACAUUGAUGUGGACACAGAUGACUGUUCAGACACUGCCUCCAUCAGCAGUGGUGCUUCCACAGGCUCUACUGGGAAACGCAAUAAGAAAGGUCCUGCAUUAAUGACAAAAAUGAUGAAGAAACGUAAACUUAAAAGGGCCAAGAGGAAAGCUCCAAGUGAGGCCACCACUAUCAAGCCUGGUGACCAGCUGGUGGUGGAGACCCUGAUGACCACUUCAAAGGCUGAUGUAGUGUGGCAAGAUGGAACCCUGGAGAAGGCUAUUCUGUCAACUGUUCUUUAUCCAAUCCACCAUCUUGAUGACCAGGAAUUCUUUCCUGGGGACUUUGUGGUGGAGCAGAAAGACAACAUAGACCCACAUGAGUAUGGAGUUGUGCAGAAGGUAGACCAUGCUGGCAGAACGUCUAUUGUGAAGUGGUUCAGAACCUACACUGCUGGAAGUGAUCCACGACCUCAACUUUUGAGUCAGCAAGAGAUGAGUGUAUACGACUUGAGGGAUCACCCAGACUUUCGCUACCGUCCUGGCUCAGUAGUCAUCAGGGUUGCUAACUUUGAAGAGAAUCAGAACUGUUACACAGGACAAGUGCUGGACAACUUUCCGAGUGGAGAAGUGAGUGUGUGGUGGGUGGAUGGCCAGAAGUCAGUGUGCUAUCCUCAAGAUCUGUAUAAAGUUGGGGAAUAUGACUCUGAUGAAGGAGAACUUUGGGAUGACACAGCUUCAGAUGAGUCUUGGGAGACAGAGAGUGAACACUCUGUCAUUGCGGAAGAAAGUGAGAGUGAGAGUGAAGGUCUGCUGAAGACCCGUCUCGUUGCCAACAUUGAGAAAGCGCGGAUAGCCAUGAGCCGUCUUGAAGAGAUAUUCACUCAGAAUCCAGCCCUUCAGACAACAGCAGUCAUGAAACAGCUUUUAGAUUGCUAUAAAGAGUGCAGAUACAUGGACAAGCUAAUGGGGACAAGUUUCUUCCACGAGAGCAACUUUCAGGGACUCAUUGAAAAAGUCCGGGAACGUGGUCGUGCCUCCACUACCCAACGCAUGACAGAGCAAAUCAACCGCCUGUUCUCAACAUCUGAUGCUGAGGCUGGCCUGCUCACCUCUCAGUUGAGCUCUGGUGAUGACACCAAAUCUGAAAUGGGGAAGUCUGACAAGGCUGAUGUCCCUAAGAGUAACAAGAGUAGUUCAAGCAACAAGGAUAACAAAAGCAGCAAGGAGUGUGGGGGUCCAGCCAACAUGGAAGGUGAUAUUUUGUCCUCCAAGGAUGCAAUUUUGAACAGCUCAACUACACUCUCUGAAAACCUGGCUAACCUCAGCAUGUCACAGUCCAAAGCCAGUAAGCCUGAAAAGAUGUUAGAUGGUGGUCGCAACAGAGGAGGGGAGCUGCGUCACAAGAGAAUGAGUGAGACAGACAUGACCCUUCACGAGAAAGCUUAUACUGAUACACGCCUCAAGGACUCCAAAAGCUGCAAUGAUCUUAAGGUAUCAUGUGACAGUGGAGUGACUGAAGAGAUCCGUACAUCCCACAUGUGUGCCCAGCUGUGUUCCCUCAUGAAGGCUCAGUUGCUGAAGACUUACGAGGAGGUGGUCUUCCGCUUUGGGGGACAUUUUGACAUGAGUCUCAUGCAAGAUUGUCAGGAAGAAGAAAGAGUGACACUAGAUGAAGGAAGAGUUGCCCUAGAUGAGGAGAGAAUGCUGGCUGAAUGGGCACAAAUUCACAGUGAUAACAAAGAAAACAUUCCCAUGUUUGAAGAUAUUGUUAAUGAAAAUACUCCUACUCCUAAUGCAAACUCUGUUGAAGCAGGUUCAGAGGAUGUGGAAAUGGGGCCAACAGAGGCAGGUGCUGUAUCUGAUAAUACAAAGGAGAAGGAAAUAAGUGAAGAGACACCUUCUCCUUCAUUUGUCUCCCCCAUUGCUGCUUCACCAGUCACAAAUGGCAGUGUGAUAACUAGCAAUGGAAAUGAAAGUGAAACCACCAAUAGAAAUACCUCUGUGGAAGAUUCUGCAAAUGAUGACUUGAUAGAUGCCAUCAUUGCAAAUGCUGUUGCAGCUGUUAAUGGUGAAGUCUCUGCAUCGGCCAUGAGCAUGUGUCCUGAAGCAGUUGUUAGUCCUACAGAAGGUGUUGGAGAAGCUAUUGCCAGCUCUGAGCCAGACGGAUUCCAGGUUCUUGAGGCAGCUCCAGACAGUCAUAAGUUCAAGCUCACCAUGUUCCAGCCCACUGACCCGCAGCACUUCUAUCGGACUGUGCGCAAGGAGAUGAAACUCCUCAACACUUCCCUUCCACCAGGCAUCUGGGUCAGGGGCUAUGAAGACAGGAUGGACCUGUACUCUGUCAUGAUCCGGGGUCCAGAGAGGACACCAUACGAGGAUGGUCUCUUCUUCUUUGACUUCCAGCUCUCUGCAGAUUAUCCUCGAGCUCCACCUUUAUGUCACUAUGUCACAUAUUGCUCUGACAAGUUGAACCCAAACCUCUAUGAAGAUGGAAAAGUGUGUGUUUCUCUCUUGGGUACUUGGAGUGGGAAGGGGACAGAAGUGUGGACCAGCCAGAGCAAUCUUCUCCAGGUCAUAAUUUCCAUCCAGGGAUUGAUUCUUGUCAGUGAACCAUAUUUUAAUGAAGCUGGAUAUGAACGCCAGAAAGGAACACAGCAAGGACGGGAAAAUUCUCGAAUGUACAACGAAAUGGUCGUGUUGAAAUUGAUCCAAGCAAUGGCCAAAGUUAUUCAAGCACCUCCUGAUAUAUUCAGGAAUGAAAUUAUUCAUCACUUCCAUAUGAAAGCAGCCAGACAAGUUCAGAGAUUGGAGUGUUGGCUGGAGAUUUCAGAAAAUUACAAUAUCACCCAUCCUCUGUCACCAACAACUCCCACCACAUUCCGGGAGAUACACAAUUCAGCUGUCAAGGUUGAUUUACCAGAAUUUCCCUUGAUUCCUGCCUCCAAGGGAUUUUGCAUCACCUUGCGGAAGACUCUUAAGCAGUUCAAGUCCAUACUGGAGAGUGUUGGAGUGUCCUUUGACUCUAUACCUGACUCAGCUGAAGGCAAAGCUGGCCUCACCCCCACAGAGACCCAAGCUUCUGCUGCCCCACCGGCCCUCACCGACCUUGAGAAUGUUGCUGGUCGUAACUCGUAGCUAUUAUCCAAUUCUAGCUCAUUUUUCCCAUUUAUUAGUAGUCUAUUUAUUAAUGUUGCUAUUCAGUGCCUGUGUGGGUUGUGGAGUUCAUUGGGCCUUGAGAGAUGUGGAUUUUAUAAUUUGUUUGUUUUCUCUAACAUGGUAAAUCUUUUUCCCUUUUAUAAUGAGGCAAAAAGGAGAUGAUAUAUUGCCAUUACAGUCAAAUAUUUUUUAUUUCAAAUAUUCUAUUUAAUAGGGAGUACACAUAUUCCUUCGUAUAUUUGGUUAUCCUGAUGAACUGCAGUUGUUAAUCUGUUAAUGACUAUAUUUUUGUGAACUUUGUGAUAAUAAUACCUCUAAUACUACUUAUUUGUUUAGUUUUUAUAUCUGUGAUUCUCAUUUUACGUUCAGUAUUUCAAGUAUCAUCCACAUAUCUUUAUACAUAGUUUGUUCCCACUUCUGAAUUUGCUGCAAAGACGUACAGUUAUUUGAAAGUUAAGCCAUGAGCAAUGCUGUUUUUUUUUCCCUGUCCUUAAAUAUCUAUGAGGAUGGGAAUGUCCUCCUGCAUUAGUUAGGCUUUGUCUAAUCCUCAUACUGUGAGGUUUGGCUUUCAGUGUAGCUGUGGAAAGCAGAAUUCACGUGUAACUUCCUAAUUGAGGUUGAAUAUAUUGUUUAUUUAUUUAUUUAUUUUACUUUAUUAUUAUUGUUGUUAUUAUUAUUAUUAUUAUUAUUAUUAUUAUUAUUAUUAUUAUUAUUAUUAUUAUUAUUAUUAUUAUUGAUUUAUUAUUACAAUUUUUUAUGGAUGAUGAGAGGGAAAUAUAUAACUGUUGAAAUUCAGAAUGGAAGCUGGUGCUCAUUAAAUAGUUCGUCAGUAACUUUAUAUUUUUUUAACACGUAGAUCACUAUUUGCAGAUUAUAGUAGACACCACAAAAAAAAGUUAUACCAUUAAUACAGGAGCAGCAUCUGUUUUUGCAAGGAAACUAUUUUUUUCUAUAAGUAAAGAUACAUUAUGAUUUAGGUUUGAAGUCAGGAAAACUUAGUUUUUGUUAUUUCUUUUGGUCUCUAUUAACCAUGUGUUGUGGGCUCAUAUGUACACUGCCAUUCCCUUCCACCUGAUGUAAGGAGCAGUGCAGAAUAGUGUGGUGAGCUGUUAACUAAUUUUAAACUUAUUCUGUAUUUUAUGUAAUUGAGUCCACUGUAGCAUUCAUUUCAAAGUACCUUUUUUUAAUAUAUUUCAAUGUUUUCUGUACUUUUUUUUUUUAUCUGGAAAUUAAGUCAUGGAUUUGAGCAGAUUGAGUAUUCUAAGUAUAUGAAUAUAUGGAGAAAUCAUAUAUAUUGUUAAGGACUGUUUAAGAAUUGUUAUAAGUAGCACAAACAUUUUAAUUGUGUGGAUGAAUACAUCAGUCACAUUUUUUGAGCAAGUGAUAGUGGGAUGUGUAUACACUCAACCAUCUGUUAUCAUGGGAUUUUACCAGUGCAUUUUAUUGGUAUCAUGCCAACCUUAAAAUAAUUUAAACCAUGUUUUAUCAUGUGUAAUUACAGUCCUAGAUGCACUGACUGAUAACAAAAUUAUAAUUAUCACAAUCCUUAAAAUCACUUAUAAAUGUUUAAAUCUCUGAACAUGUACAUUGGAUAAAAAAUUUUGGGUAUUAAUCCUUGUUGUUCUCUUGCAUUUUUCUUGUUUUCCUUUUUUUUAUUUAUUUAUUAUUUUAAUUUGAAAAUAUAUUCCCCAGUUGUUUAUAAUUUUUCCCAAAGUUACAUUGCACAUUGUGGCAUUUAAAACAAUUUAUGUAUGAGUACAUGGUCAAUUCCACACUCAUUCUCUUCCUGUGUCCCUGUUAUGCAUGGCCAGGUAAGGGUGCUUACUAAAAUGUAGCAAUGUUAAGCAAUGACAAAUGGCAGAAGUGGAUUUAGUAUGCCAGGACACAAACUAGGAUUAUUCCUAUGGAUUCUGUAAUUCUAGAUUAUUAUUAUUAUUAUUAUUAUUAUUAUUAUUAUUAUUAUUAUUAUUAUUAUUAUUAUUAUUAUCAGUUAUUAUUAUUAUCUAUUAUUAUUAUUAUUAUUAUUAUUAUUAUUAUUAUUAUUAUUAUUUUAUUAUUAUUAUUAUUAUUAUUAUUAUUAUUAUUAUUAUUAUUAUUAUUAUUAUUAUUAUUAUUAUUAUUAUUAUUAUUAUUAUUAUCUAUUAUUAUUAUUAUUAUUAUUUAUUUAUUUAUUUUAUUUUAUUUAUUUGUUUAUUUUUUUAUUACAGAGGCACCAGUUAGCUGUGAUAGGAGAGGGUUGAGAGCAUAUUAUUAUUUAAAGUUGAGAGAGAAUUUUCAGAUAGCUUAAAAUUUCCAACCCAGUCAUAUAACUAUUGUAUAUGGUGUUAGUACUGAUGUAACCAUGUCUCCUGUGUUAUGGAAAGUGCACAUAAAAUUUUCAUGAUAAAAGACUAAUUGGGACUUCAGUAAGGAACUGUAAUUUGAAUGAAGUCUUCAAGCUUUAAGAGGCAAUAUUACAAGAUUCAAGACAUUUAUUAUUAGUAGCUUAGAUUACUAUUUAAUUGCCUUGUGUGGUUAGAUUUAAUAUUUAUGUAAUAUUUAUUUAUGCUUGAGUCAGUGGUAACUUUUGUGUAGCUGAUGGUAUGCUUAUUUAGUACAUAUGAAAAAUGAGUCAGUGACGGUCUGCUUUAUUUAUCUGGUUAAUAUUAGGGUCUGAAUCUCGUAAUUGAAAUUCAUCACAUUUUUGGUCUUGAAUGUUUAGCAUAAUUUUGUUAUUAUAUUUAAGUGAUUCCUACAGUAUUUGAGGCAAGUGACUUGUUGGUCAGAACUGAGGCAUCAUUUGUGUUGACCUUAAAAGAGUUUCAAGAUUAUGUGUUCAAGAAUUUGGCACAAAAACAACUGAAAGAUCUCUACAGGCAGAUUUCUUAUAAAGAUGCAUGGAGAUUCUGGUCAUGUCAUCUGUGCUUAAACUUUAUUCAGGAAAAUCACAACAGAUGAUUGUAACCAAUGAGGGUGUCAGCUGCCAUCUGCUGUCCUCAUGAAGUAGCCAAUUAGUGGGUUCCUGCUAGUUCAGGAGUGAGAUGUGGACCAGUGCUAACUCAGUAAACUUACCAACUUCAAACUGUUCUCUCUCUCUCUCUCUCUCUCUCUCUCUCUCUCUCUCUCUCUCUCUCUCUCUCUCUCUCUCUCUCUCUCUCUCUCUCUCUCUCUCUCUCUCUCUCUCUCUCUCUCUCUCUCUCUCUCUCUCAUUUUUUCAUUUUCACUUCAUCCUUUCUCACUCUUGUAUGUGUAAUUCCAUUUUCAUUUUCAAUCAAUCUGAUUCUAUUUAGCAAUCCUUAGGAUUGUUCUUAUUUUCACAGAGAGAGAGAGAGAGAGAGAGAGAGAGAGAGAGAGAGAGAGAGAGAGAGAGAGACUCUGACUUAGGUGGGACUUACUGUAUGCAUACUCAUGAUGCCAACAGUAGGUAAAUGCGACCUAGACUUGUCAAAGCAGUGUGAAACUCGGGGUGAUAAUGUGUGAAACUUGGGAUGGUAAGAAUUUAGGGCUAAGUGCAAAACUCGGGAGGGUACUAUAUAUUUUUGUUGCCUCACAACUGUAGAGAUUGCAUCAAUUUUCCUUCCACAGUACCUGCAUUUUUCUUUUUUAUAUUACCCAUUGCCGUUACACUGGCUUGUGUAUCAAUCUAACAAUCAUUACAUUAAUUUAUGCAAUACAUUGGAUGCGUUGAUUGGGCUGUAUGUGUAAUUACCUUUUUGUAUUUUUCUUUUUACAUCGUGAUUUUAUAUUGCACACAUAUUUAAAAUGGAUUUUGAGAACUAUUCAUUGAACUUUUCUAAAGAGAAUGUGUUGCAACUGCCCAUUAUUAUGUAUACCUACCUACUUAACUGAAUAAUUUUCUUGCACUUCACCAUCACUUUCUUUCUCCUGUUUCUCAUCCAUGGAGCAGCCACUCAUCUACUCCACUGGUGAGGAAGACUACCUAAUCAGAACUCAAUCAUGUUCUUCAUGACAUGGCAGGCUUUAUCACACCAGGAAAGAAAACUAACUGCUUGUGGUUUAAAUCAUGAUAACUCACUAUCAGUUUGAUUGCCAUUUCUUGUGUUCUAAAAUAGCAUGUUCUUUGUUGUAUAAUAAUUAUAAACUGUGCCUAUCACUUAAUAAGUUAUACAUUUACUUGCUUUGUGUGUGUGUGUGUGUGUGUGUGUGUGUGUGUGUGUGUGUGUGUGUGUGUGUGUUUGCACACAUGUGCAAGACCAGCUCCUGUAUAUAAUUUGAUAUUGUUACAUCAUACAUUGUUUUGGUUCAGUAUGGAGGGUGUAAAGGAAUUAUGAAUACACACAGUUUCUCCUUCAUUAUUGCAGACUGUCUGUAAUUGCCAUCAUACAAAAUGGAGUGGUGUUAUGGUUUAGGCUUGUAAUUGAAAACUUACCAUUGUCUUCUUCACAGAUAUAAUUGUAUUUAUAGGAUUACUCCUUUAAUUGAUUAUUACAAAAAUUGCAAGGUUUGAUAUUGGGUGCCUGCCAUACUGCAUGUUCAUAUGACUGAAAAUUGGAUCCAGACUGAGUAAUGUGUGUUACCAUUACUUAUACUGUUAUCAUCACUAUUGCAGUUGCUGUCAUUUAUUGUUAUCCUGAUUUUAUUCUGUAUACCAUCAUCAUUAUCCAUGAUGGGAAAAUCCAAAAUUUAAGGAUAGAAGGUAAAAUUUUCUUCAGAAUGGGUUUAUAUUCUCCCACCAUUCAGUCAUUGAUAUUUCCUGCCAAAGCCCUUGAAGAUAUAUUUUCAUAAUAAGCUAAGAAGAUUCUUAAAUAUGUUACAUAUUAAUAUGUUAAACAUUGAACAUUUCAGUGUCACUGAUAUUAUUUCAUUAUAAAAAAAUGUAUUCAAGACUGUUUGUUAAGUAGGUGAUGUCUCUUUUCCCCACACAUUAGAAAUAAUGGUUUAUUAAAAAAUGCACUUUUGCUAUAACUAACAAAGAAAAUUACUAAAUUCAUUACUUAUAUAUUCAUCACUCACUUGAUUGCUUGCAUAGUGUCCGUUCUGUAUGUCUUUUUUUUUUUUUUUUUUUUUUUUUUUUUUUUUUUUUUUUUUUUAAUGUACCACCACCUCUGCCCUCUGGGGAAUAGUAAAAGAAAGAUUUUUAACUAAAGAUGACACAUUGGUGUUUCAAGAAACCAGCACCGGUAUUUUGUCAUGUGGUCAUUCCGGCACGUCGUAAGGAUUGAAAUUGGUCAACCCAUAAACAUUUUAGAUGAGAUAUUUUCUCAAAAGCACUUAGUAACCACAACAAUAUGAGAAAUCAACAAGCAUGUUGUAGGCAGCCAGUACAUUGUUGCAUUUGAAGGAUAUAUAUAUAUAUAUAUAUAUAUAUAUAUAUAUAUAUAUAUAUAUAUAUAUAUAUAUAUAUAUAUAUGUAUGAUGCUGAACAUAAUAAUGGUUACAGUUCUGUUUAUGAAAUGCUAUCAGGUAUACCCAGCAUUGUAUGUUUUAUUAUUGUCAUGAAAAAUGUUCUCAAUAAUUGCCUGUAACUCUUUUCUGCCUCACCAUCAGUCAUCAGUAGACUAACUUUUGUGGCUUCUUUGUGACUGAGUCCUUAAGAGUUGACUGAGAUCUCAAAAAGAAC